GGCGGCCGAGCUGAGGGCGAUGGGGCGUGCUCGGUGGCCGAGAAAAUGCUGGUAGUGAGGUGGACGCCUUGUCCCAAGUGCCCACUGGCUCGGCUGAGGGCAGGCCCGGGGUCUGCUCCGCCGUGCUGCGGGACGUUCCCUCGGCGCCACCUCGCUUGGGACGGCAGCGAGGAGGCAGAGGGAUCUUUCUCCCUCAGCCCCGUCGGGGUGGAGCUGCGCCGGGAAAGCUAACCCAGGGUCUCCUGCGCUGUCUGCGCGCUUCUCUGAAGUAGCCCUGGCCUUUGGGCAGCUACGCGGCGAGUCUCGCCGACUAAUACACCUGGAAACCGCCCUAGCAACAGGCUAAUUGCUAUAUGCGUAAGGGUUAAUUUCGGUCUGGUCAUAGUAGCAGCCUGUCUACAGGAAGGCAAGGUACAGGGAAGGAAGAACUGGAUCAGCCUUUCUGCAGCAGCGUCGCUGAGAGCCUUAUGCGGGGAAGUGGGGAAAGUGUUUAUCAUGUUGGGCUCUGGGUUCAAGGCUGAGCGCUUGCGAGUCAACCUGCGCCUUGUCAUCAAUCGCCUCAAACUACUGGAGAAAAAGAAGACUGAGUUGGCCCAGAAGGCAAGGAAGGAGAUUGCAGAUUAUCUGGCAGCUGGAAAAGAUGAGCGUGCCAGGAUUCGUGUGGAGCACAUCAUCCGUGAAGAUUACCUUGUGGAAGCCAUGGAAAUCCUGGAGCUGUACUGCGAUCUGCUGCUAGCCCGCUUUGGCUUGAUUCAGUCCAUGAAGGAGCUGGACUCUGGCCUGGCAGAAGCUGUAUCUACACUGAUUUGGGCUGCACCACGACUCCAGUCGGAAGUGGCUGAGUUGAAGAUUGUUGCUGAUCAGCUGUGUGCCAAGUACAGCAAGGAGUAUGGGAAGCUGUGCCGGACAAACCAGAUUGGGACAGUCAAUGACAGGCUGAUGCACAAGCUGAGCGUGGAGGCACCGCCCAAGAUCCUGGUGGAGAGAUACCUCAUCGAGAUUGCCAAGAACUACAAUGUGCCCUAUGAGCCUGACUCAGUGGUGAUGGCUGAAGCCCCUGCAGGUGGAGAGGCAGAUCUGAUUGAUGUGGGCUUCACAGAUGAUGUGAAGAAGGGUGGCCCUGGAGGGGGAGGAGGUGGUGGAUUUACAGCCCCGCUGGUUGGUCAUGAUGGAAUGGUACCCAUGCCAGUGAUGAUGCCUAUGCCCAUGCCAACGCCAAAUCCGCCCUUCUCCUAUCCACCUCCAAAGGGACCGGAGAACUUCAAUGGCCUACCAGUGGGGACCUACCAGCCUUUCACUAACAUCCAUCCACCACCAAUUCCGGCAACCCCACCAACAUACGAGUCUAUUGAUGAGCCUAAUGCUGACAAGGAUGCAUCUGCACCAGUGGCUGGACCUGGGUCCAAGCCAGAAGCUUCUCCUAAACCAAGAGCUGGAGCUCCUAAUACCUUUGAUAACUUUGUGCUGCCUGAAUUGCCAUCUGUGCCAGAUACGCUGCCAACAGCAUCUGCCGGUGCCAACUCUUCUGCCUCUGAAGACAUUGACUUUGAUGAUCUUUCUCGGAGAUUUGAAGAGCUGAAGAAGAAAACCUAAAACUGACUGGGCUGUAACUCCAACGUGAGGGGCAGGAGCUGUGACAGCUUCUUCUCUCUGCAACACUCCCCUUGAAAUUGGUUUCCUGUAUUAACCUCAAAUGAACACGCUCUUCUUUUUGAGCUCUCUUCCUGCUGUACUUAAACCAAGUGCUGCCGCUUUUCUGAUCUUUGUUGCUCCAGGAGGUGAACUGUGGGGAAUCUUGUGAAACUGGAGCAGGGAACAGCCCAUCAGUCUGGGUAGCUAUACAGGAAAGCUGUGCAUGACACUCUGGAUGCCAUUCCUGGCUGCCUCUGCAGUGGCUUUGCUCUCCUUCCCACAUAGAAGGGAGGCGAGGGCUGAAACGGGACGGGGCGUUCUCUUCUCCUGUGGUGGUCUCAAGGGCAGCAUCAUCUGCAAGCUGCUCCUCUCUGCUCGAUGGCCUGUAUGGUAAGGGUGAUAAAGGCCCUUUGGUAAGACUUCUGACUAAUUGGGGCAGAGGCAGGGAAUACGGUCAUGAGGAGACACGGCGUUGCCCUUGAGGCUGCGCAGCACGCUGGCACUUCUGCCAUCUCCCUGGCUCCAGCUGUAUCUGGCUGCAGCUUGCCCGAUGUUCUCUUUCGCUCCCACUGGACUCUUGGGGAGCCCUCCGUGGCCUUUGCUGCAUUCUCCGUGAGGGGUCUGUUUGCAGGAGGGCAGCACUGCGCUUUCCCAUUCAGUGGUGUGUUCUGCCUGAACUUGCUGGGAGCAUGAGCUGGCCAGGCAGAAGGCUAGCAGAGCGCUGCGGCCUGUGCUGGCUGUGCCGUGGGCUGCACCAGCUCCUUUGUCAGCGGGCACUGAAUGAGGCCGGAGAGCUGGGGUCACGGGGACUCUGACUGGACGGGUGGCAGUGACCUGGCUUACCUCUGGGCAAGGGGCUGGGAGAUCCCUGGCCUGAGCGCUGGCUGUUCCCUUCAGCCAGGACGGCUCGCAUGCACGGGGAUGCUGCUGAGCGUGACGUGCUCUCUUCUGUGUAUCUGUACAUAACACUCACACAACUUUUCCUCGGAGUUUUGGGUUGAUUUGUACCUUAUGGGUUGGUUCUAAUAAAGUCUAGGCUUGUGAGCGGC